AUGCGUCCCGAAGUCGAGCAGGAGCUCGCACACACGCUCCUCGUGGAGCUACUUGCGUACCAGUUCGCCUCGCCCGUGAGGUGGAUCGAGACUCAAGAUGUUUUCUUGGCCGAACAAAUGGCUGAGAGGAUCGUGGAGGUUGGUCCUGCAGACACACUCGGUGUGAUGGCUCGGCGGACGCUCGCCCGCAAAUAUGAAGCGUUUGACGCCGCGAAGUCAAUGCAACGACAGAUUUUAUGUUACAACAAAGACGCCAAAGAGAUUUACUACGACGUCGACCCAAUCGAAGAGGAACCCGAGCCCGCCGCGGACGAGACGAGUUCCGCCAGAGUUGUUCCGGCUGCGGCCGCGGCCGCUUCGACUCCAAUUGCGGCCGCGGCCCCGCCCCCGAGCGCAGGCCCUGCCGCUCAGAUUGCGGACGCGCCUGUCCAGGCCCUAGAUAUCGUCCGGGCUUUGGUCGCCCAGAAGCUCAAAAAGCCGGUUUCGGAAAUCCCUCUGAGCAAAGCGAUCAAGGACUUGGUUGGUGGAAAAUCCACCCUUCAAAACGAAAUCCUCGGAGACCUAGGCAAGGAGUUUGGCUCGACCCCCGAGAAGCCCGAGGACACACCUCUCGACGAGUUGGGUGCAGCGAUGCAAGCAACUUUCGACGGGAACCUCGGCAAAACCACCCAGGGCCUCAUAGCCCGCCUCAUCUCCUCGAAAAUGCCCGGUGGUUUUAACAUCACCACAGCCCGCAAGUAUCUCGAGUCAAAGUGGGGUCUGGGCAGUGGUCGGCAAGACGGUGUGUUGCUGCUCGCGAUCACCAUGGAGCCAGCUGCUCGUCUGGGCUCCGAGGCGGACGCGAAGGCGUACCUGGACGACACCGCGCAGAAGUACGCCACAAGCGCUGGAAUCAGCCUCUCUACUGCCUCGUCGGCGGGCCCUGCUGCUGGCGGGGGAGGCGGUAUGAUGAUGGACCCGGCCGCCAUCGAGGCUUUGACAAGCGAACAAAAGUCGUUAUACAAACAGCAGCUGGAACUCAUCGCCCGGUACCUCAAGGUGGAUAUCCGCGCCGGCGAUCGGGCACUGCAGGCCUCCCAAGAGUCCUCCAAAGUGCUCCAGUCCCAGCUUGACCUCUGGAUGGCCGAGCACGGCGAUUUCUACGCCACCGGCAUCGAGCCCGCGUUCAGCGCCCUCAAAGCUCGCGUCUACGACUCGUCCUGGAACUGGGCGCGCCAGGAUGCCCUGAGUAUGUAUUUCGACAUCAUUUUUGGCCGGUUACAAGCUGUGGACCGGGAGACGGUCAGUCAAUGCAUCCGUCUCAUGAACCGGUCAAACCCGACCCUGCUCCAGUUCAUGCAGUAUCACAUAGACAACUGCCCGACGGAGCGCGGAGAGACCUACAAGCUGGCCAAAGAGCUCGGGGCUCAGCUCAUCGAGAAUUGCAAAGACGCGCUCGAUGCCGCUCCCGUUUACAAGGAUGUCGCCGUUCCCACAGGACCAAAGACGUCAAUCGAUGCCGAAGGUGGCAUGAGCUACGAGGAGGUUCCUCGCGCGAGCUGCCGGAAAUUAGAGCACUACGUGCAGCAGAUGACCGAGGGCGGCAAGAUCUCGGAGUACGGUAAUCGGACCAAGGUCCAGAACGAUCUCUCCAAACUGUACAAAAUGAUCAAGCAGCAGUACAAGUUCUCCAAGGGGUCACAGCAUGAGAUCAAGAGCCUGUACAGCGACGUCAUCCGCUCCCUGGCGAUGAACGAGAGCCAGAUCAUCCCCAAGGACAACGGGAGAGUGAACGGCCUGUCCAAGAAGGGCAAGCCCAAGGGGAAGGUUGAGACCAUUCCGUUCCUCCACUUACGCAAGAAGACCCAGCAGGGCUGGGAUUUCGACAAGAAGCUCACCAAGGUGUACCUCGAGUGUCUUGAGGGGGCUGCCAAGGAGGGUGUUACGUUCAGCGGCAAGUAUGUGCUCAUGACGGGUGCGGGUGCCGGCUCGAUUGGUGCCGAGGUUCUCCAGGGUCUCAUCAGUGGUGGCGCCAAGGUCAUCGUCACCACCAGCCGCUUCUCUCGCGCGGUCACCGAGUACUACCAGUCAAUGUAUGCUCGCUUCGGAUCUCGCGGCUCCCAACUUGUUGUCGUGCCGUGCAACCAAGGGAGUGUGCAAGAUAUCAACGCGCUGGUUGAGUACAUCUAUGACACCAAGGCCGGUCUCGGCUGGGAUUUGGACUACGUUGUCCCCUUCGCGGCCAUUUCAGAGCAGGGCCGCCAGAUCGAUGGCGUUGACUCCAAAUCGGAGCUUGCGCAUCGCAUCAUGCUCACCAACCUUAUCCGGCUCCUUGGCAACGUCAAGGCCCAGAAGGCUGCCCGUGGAUAUGAGACUCGCCCCGCGCAGGUCAUUCUCCCGUUGUCGCCCAACCACGGCACUUUUGGCAGCGACGGUCUGUACUCGGAGUCGAAGCUGGGUCUCGAGACCCUCUUCAACCGCUGGGUAUCCGAAGAUUGGGCCAACUACCUCACAAUUUGCGGUGCCAUCAUUGGCUGGACCCGUGGCACGGGGCUGAUGUCCGGCAACAACAUCGUGGCCGAGGCUGUCGAGCGGUUCGGGGUCCGCACCUUCUCGCAGCAGGAGAUGGCGUUCAACCUGCUUGGUCUCAUGUCUCCGACCAUCGUCGAUCUGUGUCAACACGAACCCGUCUUUGCAGACCUGAACGGCGGACUUCAAUUCAUUCCGAACUUGAAUGAGACCAUGACUCGGGAACGCAAGACGCUGACCGAGACCAGUGAAGUCCGCCGCGCGGUCAGCAAGGAAACCGCCGCGGAGAACAAGAUUGUCAACGGCGAAGAUUCCGCGGCCCUUUACAGGAAGAAGAUUGUCGAGCCACGCGCCAACAUCAAGUUCGACUUCCCCCCGCUGCCGGACUGGGAGGCGGAGGUCGCGCCACUCAACGAGAAGCUUAAGGGCAUGGUCGAUCUUGAAAAGGUUGUCGUCGUCACUGGUUUCGCCGAAGUUGGCCCCUGGGGCAAUUCCAGGACUCGUUGGGAGAUGGAAGCCCACGGCGAGUUCUCGAUCGAGGGCUGUAUCGAAAUGGCCUGGGUCAUGGGCCUGAUUAAGAACCACAACGGGCCGAUCAAGGGCCAGCCGUAUUCGGGCUGGGUCGAUGCCAAGACGGGCGAGCCCGUUGACGACAAAGACGUGAAGCUGAAGUACGAGAAGUACAUCCUGGAGCACUCGGGCAUCCGCCUGAUCGAACCUGAGCUCUUUGAUGGUUACGACCCGAACAAGAAGCAGCUGCUCCACGAGGUCGUCAUUCAAGAAGACCUGGACCCCUUCCAGGCUUCCAAGGACACCGCCGAGGAGUUCAAGCGUGAGCACGGCGACAAGGUGGACAUCUUUGAGAUCCCAGAGACCGGCGAGUUCACCGUGCGCUUGAAGAAGGGUGCCUCGUUGUGGAUUCCCAAAGCCCUGCGGUUCGACCGCCUCGUUGCCGGUCAAAUCCCGACCGGUUGGGAUGCCAAGCGGUAUGGUGUGCCCGACGAUAUCAUCUCCCAGGUCGACCCCGUCGCGCUGUUCGUCCUGGUUUCCACUGUUGAAGCGCUCCUCUCGGCCGGUGUCACGGAUCCGUACGAGUUUUACAAGUACGUCCACGUGUCGGAGGUCGGCAACUGUAUCGGUUCCGGCAUGGGUGGUGCCGCGGCUCUGCGCGGGAUGCACCGGGAUCGUUUCCUGGACAAGCCAUUGCAGAAUGACAUCUUGCAGGAGUCAUUCAUUAACACCAUGGCUGCAUGGGUUAAUAUGCUUCUGCUUUCAUCCUCGGGUCCGAUCAAGACGCCCGUUGGCGCCUGCGCUACGGCUGUUGAGUCGGUUGACAUAGGGUACGAAACCAUCAUGGAGGGUAAGGCCCGCAUCUGCCUGGUUGGUGGAUUUGACGACUUUGGCGAAGAGGGCUCGUACGAGUUCGCCAACAUGAAGGCCACCAGCAACGCCGUGGACGAAUUUGCCCACGGGCGCACGCCCAAGGAGAUGUCGCGGCCCACCACCACAACCCGGAACGGCUUUAUGGAGUCGCAGGGCUGCGGUGUUCAGGUUAUCAUGACGGCCAAGCUCGCGCUGGAGAUGGGUGUCCCGAUCUACGGUAUCCUUGCCCUAACCACGACGGCCUCGGACAAGAUUGGCCGCUCGGUCCCGGCUCCGGGCCAGGGCAUCCUCACGACGGCGCGGGAGAAUCCUGGGAAGUUCCCCUCGCCGCUCCUUGACAUCGACUACCGCCGUCGCCAGAUCCAGCGCCGGAGCCGCCAAAUUCAGGAAAACAAGGAGGCGAACCUCGAGUACCUUGCGGUCGAGGCUAACGCGCUCAAGGCUGAGGGCCGGUCGGAAGCCGAGGUGGCGGCGUAUGUCGCAGACCGCGCCAACCACUUCGAUCAAGAGGCCGAGCGGCAGGCCAAGGAGGUUCUCCGGAGUUUGGGGAACAACUUCUGGAAGGAGGAUCCAAGCAUCGCUCCCCUGCGUGGCGCGCUGGCCACCUGGGGCCUCACCAUCGACGACCUCGGUGUUGCGUCGUUCCACGGCACGUCGACCAAGGCAAACGACAAGAACGAGUCGUCGGUCAUCUGCAAGCAGCUCUCGCAUCUGGGGCGCAAGAAGGGCAACGCCGUCCUAGGCAUCUUCCAGAAGUACCUCACUGGUCAUCCAAAGGGUGCUGCCGGGGCGUGGAUGAUGAACGGGUGCCUGCAGGUGCUGAACACGGGUCUCGUCCCCGGCAACCGCAAUGCCGACAAUGUCGACGAGGCGAUGGAAGGCUACGACUACAUUGUGUACCCCAGCCGCAGCAUCCAGACCGAUGGCGUGAAGGCCUUCUCCGUCACCUCCUUUGGCUUCGGCCAGAAGGGCGCCCAGGCGAUCGGCGUGCACCCCAAGUACCUCUUCGCCACUCUUGAUGAAGAGACCUUCCGGGACUACCGCGUCAAGGUUGAGGCCCGCCAGAAGAAGGCGUAUCGCUUCUUCCAUAACGGUAUGAUCAACAACACCUUGUUUGUUGCCAAGGACAAGGCGCCAUAUAGCGAUGACCAACUCCAUUCGGUGCUCCUGAAUCCGGAAGCCCGCGUCACGGUGGACAAGAGUGGGCAACUUAGCUUUCCUCAAGAAUUUGUGAAGCUGUCCAACAAACCUCAGAAGAAAUCGGAGGAACGGGCAACCCUCGAGUCGGUGCUCAGCCUCGCGGCAAGCCAGGGUGAAACCGGCAACACACGGGUCGGGCUCGAUGUCGAGGAUAUUUCGACCAUCAAUGCAGACAAUGACACGUUCAUUGACCGCAACUUCACACCGGCCGAGGUUGAGUACUGCCUGGACUCGACCACGGGCCGGACGCCGCAGAAGGCCUUCGCCGGACGAUGGAGUGCGAAGGAAGCUGUGUUCAAGGCCCUAGGGACGGCGAGCAAGGGUGCAGGUGCGGCGCUGAGGGACAUUGAAAUCCUGACGGAUACCAACGGGGCGCCGACCGUCAAGUUGCACGGUGCUGCCCAACAAGCCGCAGAGAAGGCCGGCGUCAAGAAUGUUAGCGUCUCGAUCUCAUAUACGGAGAACCACGCUGCUGCCAUUGCCACGGCGCGUUUGUGA